CUUGUCGCGAACGAACGAACAAAGUGAAAAUUACUGAAAAAUACAGCAAAGCAUUUACCAAACAAUAAAAAUGUUCACGAAAUUGUGUGUGCUCCUUCUGAGCAUUUGCCUUAGCUAUGCAGCUGUUCCGCAGAAUAACCUCCACGAGCUUGGUCUAAUGAGUUUCAUGAUGCAGUCCCGUGAUCUGACCCAAGACGACCCCACCCGUUCGCUGUCCUGUUUUGAUUACUAUGUUCCCAUACUGAAGGAUAUUGCUGAUGAGUAUCAAGUGGAGUACACUAGGUGCUUGGAUGUUGCUGAUGCCCAACGUUUGGACGUUGAUGAGUCAACGAAACCCGAUCGUGAAGCUAUCGAGGAUUCCGCUAGCAGUUCUUGCGCUGCUCUGCAAAACUGUAACGAAAACAGUAGCUCGAUUCCUUUCUUCGAGUGCUACGCGGAAGCGGGUUCUGAAAAUGCAAAAUCAAUGUUUACCAUAUCGGCAAAUGCAUCUGAGCUGUUGGCUAAAGUACGCGAAGAAUACCGACUAAUUGAUGUGAAUCAAUAUGUUUGCACAAACAAAACAGAGCGGGAAUACGCUGAAAAUACCGCUGAGACCUAUGAAGAGCUUAGUAAAUGUUUGGCCGGUGCAGGAGUGCCCGUGGCAACGUCUUCCUCUUCAGCGCCAGCAUCAUCUACAACUUCUGAGCCAUCCACCGCUGAGCCAUCCCCUUCUGAGCCAUCCACCGCUGAGCCAUCCCCUUCUGAGCCAUCCACCGCUGAGCCAUCCCCUUCUGAGCCAUCCACCGCUGAGCCUUCCCCUUCUGAGCCAUCUACCGCUGAGCCAUCCACUGCUGAGCCUUCCCCUUCUGAGCCAUCUCCUUCUGAGCCAUCUCCUUCCGAGCCAUCUCCUUCUGAGCCAUCCACCGCUGAGCCAUCCCCCUCUGAGCCAUCCACCGAUGAGCCUUCCCCUUCUGAGCCAUCUCCUUCUGAGCCAUCUCCUUCUGAGCCAUCCACCGCUGAGCCAUCCCCCUCUGAGCCAUCCACCGAUGAGCCUUCCCCUUCAGAGCCAUCGCCUUCUGAGCCUUCUCCGUCUGAGUCAUCUCCUUCUGAGCCAUCACCAACUGAUGGGCCAACAGACGCACCCGAGGAUUCCUCUCCUUCAGAUUCUUCGGAAUCAACAGCAAACUCGUCUCCAGAAGAACCAUCUACUGAAGAACCAUCACCUGAAGAGGAUAUUAAAGAUAUAUUCGACAAAUGGCUGUCCGGCUGGAAGAAUAAGUUCCAGCGUUCCUAAUUUAGUAUUACAACAAAUUGUAUAAUCGAUAAUUAAACAAAAAUGGAAAACUGUAAAAAAAAGUGAUUUUCAAUUCAAUUUAAUCAAAGUUCAUGAAUAUAUAUCAAAUUCAAUAAAAAACCAAUACCAAUUUGCAGCUACAAAA